AUGUGCAUCGGGAUAGGGAUGAUGCCAAAGGCUCAAGAUCCCUCUUGCCUCCAAGCCUUCCUCUCCUUCUAUGGCUCCUGCCCCUCCGUCUCCCCCGUCUCCAGCCCUUCCAACCUCAUCUCCGACUUCACUGCUCUGCAGCAAGCUCUCCCGGAGACAUCGUUCGUGGAAGACUGGGAGAAGCUGGAGGCAGCUGCGUUUGCAGACAAAUAUCUCAUGAUGCACUAG